AUUGGCUAAUAGUGAGAGUUAUUUUAACAAUCAUUGAAUUCAUUGAAAUUAUUGUUGAAUUUAUUGUAGACUCAACUAUAGAGUCGUGUAAAUAAAAACUUUUUAAUCAUUUUUUCUUUUGAUGUAUAUUUUGUGAAUUAUUAUUGUGAAUAAUAAUAAUUAUUAUUAGUGUAAUGAUAAGUUGAUAAUGAUUAUUUAUAAGUUGUAUUGAGUGAGAUGUUAGAGUUGGGCAGUCCAUCUGGACCGACCCCAUCAAAUUUAGCCAACAUUCCCCACACGGCUUCAUCAAUGUUGUCGAUGAUUAACAUGAAUAUGCACGACGCGGCCACUGCUCGACAAAAUGCCUUUCAUUUGUUGGGCUCAUCCACCGGACCCCUGUCUGCCCUUCACUCGAUGACUGACCUUAAAGUGAAUACCGGUGUUUCUCCGUCAUCAUUGACCACAAACUCUCAUUACUCUCGUUCUUCUCCUUCUCUAAACAUAAAGCAAUCCAUAGCGACCACAACUGCUUCUUCAUCUCCAUCAGCCAUUAGUUCUUCGUCCACAUCAUCAGCCGCUUCGGGAACUUCUCAUUAUAUCCACGAUAUUUUAAGUCGUCCAUCAGCAGCAUUGGCGGCAACACAAACAAAUACAGCGUUCAAUACAGCACUGGCAGGUGCUUUACCCCGAUUCAGUUUAGGUGCAGCCGCUGUUGCCGGAGGAAUGUAUUUUAAUCAAGCGAAUGGUUUGAGCCAUAAGUUGGCCUCAUUGGGCGAUCUUUCUGGUCGACACUUAUACUGGCCCAGUAUGGUUCAAAAUCAAGCACUUUGGAGGGAACGACUAGCCGGUGCAGUAAGUCAAACAUGUAUAGACAAAGACGGCAAGAAAAAGCACACCCGACCCACCUUUUCGGGACAUCAGAUAUAUAUUCUGGAAAAAACAUUCGAACAAACAAAGUAUUUGGCCGGACCUGAGAGGGCCAAACUGGCCUAUGCUCUCGGCAUGUCUGAGAGUCAAGUCAAGGUAUGGUUUCAAAAUCGGAGAACCAAAUGGAGGAAAAGACACGCGGCAGAGAUGGCCACCGCUAAGAAAAAACAUCAAAACAACUUAGACCUCUCGGGACAGGAGGACAUGUCAUCCGACGAGGACACCGAUGAACUCACCGAAAAUCGACUUAAAAAAGAUCACCCGUUUUUGACACAUUCUAUGGCAUUACCGCCGAGUUAGAGGACAAACCAAUAAAAAUAUAGACACUUUAUAUGUGAAGUGCAGUUAAUUGUAUUUUUAUCAUUCAUAUAGUGUUUUCAAAUAAAUAGUGCAAUAAUAAUGAUAAUAAC